AUGAGCUUCCUGCUCAUAGUUGCCAUUGUGGCAGCGUAUGCUAUCCUGUCUAGCGCAUGGAAGUUCUACCGGAACUACCAAGAUGCGAUUAGAUCCGGCUUACCCGUCAUUCUCUGUCCCGUCAACAAUCAGAGCAUCCUUUAUAUCAUCGCGCAGGUUCCGUUGCGACCAAUUCUCGCUAGAUUUCUCCCCGAGCCUCUAUUUGAUAGGGUUCGCCUCAGCAUCUUCGGCUGGGAAUUUCUGGACAAGGGAGCUAUCCAUGAGCGCGUGGGCCCUGCGUUCAUUCUUGUGACCGCCGGAGUUAACGAGCUGUGGUGCGCCGACCCUCACAUGGCCCAGAGCAUACUUUCGAGGCGAAAGGACUUUGUGCAGUUGCCAAUUGGCAGCAAAAUUCUAUGCUUUUUAGGGGAGAAUAUCCUGACUGCAGGCAACGGCGCGUUUGGGCCGAGUCAGUUCUUGCGUGAAGACGAGAUCGCCGGCAACCUUUUCGUCUUCACAGCGGCAGGCUACGACACCACCGCCAACACAAUGACGUACGCUGUUGGCUUGAUGGCGGCGUACCCGCAGUGGCAGGCGUGGCUGCAGGACGAGCUCGAUCGCGUCCUGGGCAGCAAGGCCGUGGGUGAAAGUCGCAUCCUACCUUACACGACUUACUUCCCGAAACUAAAGCGCUGCCUGGCAGUCAUGAUGGAAACGCUGCGGUUAUAUCCAGCACUCAUCCAUAUUUCCCGCAGCAUCAGCCACGACCAGGCCAUCAGCAAGGAAGGCGAGAACUAUAUCAUUCCCGGGCCCUGUACCGUCUACAUCAACAACGCUGGCCUGCAUCAUGCCCGGGAAGACUGGGGAAAUGACGCCGGCGACUUUCGACCUUCGCGAUGGCUCACGCUCAACAGCGACGGCACCGAGGCAGAGCUCAUCACGCCUGCACGAGGGACAUUCCUACCGUGGUCAGGAGGCCCACGCAUGAACAGACCAGAGCAAUUCGCCCUGCGAUGGAUACCGCGGUAG